CUCGUCUCUGGAAGGGGAACUUCCCUGAGAGUAUUGCACAAUGAACUGGAGGCCAGCACUCGGCUUAGCCCUGCUGUGGGCAGCGUGGCUUGUGUGCAGCUCCGAGGAGAUGGGGAAGGCAGCAGAGAGAGGGAGCCGUGGAGCUAGGAAAGUGCCCCUGGCCUACAGGGCUCCAACCAGCCUCCUGAGAAGGGCUGGAGCAUCCCCGAGGAAUUCGAGCCCAAAUCCCCAGCACCCCCUCACCAAGAGGGAUUCUUUAGCAACUCCAAAGGCACCUGCCCAUCUCCUGCAAGGGGAUGCACGUUCCCAGGCCAGGGGCGUGGGCACCAGGAUGAGACGGAUACAGAGACUCACAGCUACAGCCAAAUACUCCAAGUCUGAGAUGAUUAAGGAUGAAGGGAUAUCCUCUGCCUCACAGUCACGAGCGCUGCGUUUCCCUUCAGGGUCAAGCUCCCCCAAUGUCUUGGCCAGUUUUGCUGGGAAAAACCGGGUGUGGGUCAUUUCUGCCCCCCACCCCUCAGAGGGCUACUACCGGCUCAUGAUGAGCCUGCUGAAAAAUGAUGUUUACUGUGAGCUGGCUGAGAGGCACAUCCAGCAGAUUGUGUUGUUCCAUGAAGAAGGAGAAGAAGGGGGAAAAGUCAGAAGGAUAACAAAUGAAGGAAAAAUCCUGGAGCAGCCGCUAGAUCCUGCCCUGAUCCCUAAGCUCAUGAGCUUUCUGAAGCUGGAGAAGGGGAAAUUUGGAAUGGUGCUGUUGAAGAAAACCCUGCAGGUGGAGGAGAGGUACCCUUACCCAGUCAGGCUGGAGGCCAUGUACGAAGUCAUUGACCAAAGCCCCAUCAGAAAAAUUGAGAAGAUGAGGCAGAAGGGCUUCAUCCAGACUUGCAAAGCAGCUGGGGUGGAGGGACAAGUGGUUGAGGAAGGCAAUAACGGGGGCAGCACCCAGCCUACCCCUGCCAGUGGACACGUCCAGGUCUCAGCAAGGAAGGAGGAGCCAAGGAAGAGCAAUAAUCUCCCAACAAGGGUCAAAACAGUGAGGAAACCAAUGACAACCACAGUGGCUACUCCUCUGCCUACAGUAAGGACCACCACCCUCCCUCCCACCACCCAGAGGACCUGGACCACAAAGCCACACUCCACCACAGAGCACCACAGGCUGCCAGGAGCCCCUGAUGCCACCACACCACGAGUCACAGCCUCUGAGGAUUUCUACCUUCCUGGGUGGAAGGCGAACCGCAGGGACCGGCAGAGAGGCCACCCGGAGAAACAGUCGGUGGCCGUGAGGAAACCAAGCAAAGCUGCACGUUAUGAUGGUUUCACAGAGGUCCCAACAGCUCCCCCCGUGCACUACACAAAGGCAAAUGUGGGUAGAUUUAAAGAUAACCGAACAGACAGGAAGGAUUAUAACCACAGGGACCUCAAUGUCACACCAGGGCAACACAAACCCACCAAGACUAAAUCGCCCAAAAAGAAAGCGCAAGAAAAGAUACUGAGCAAUGAAUAUGAAGAUAAAUAUGACCCAAGCAAGCCUGCUGGUUCCCAUUUAGAGGAGGAGUUUGCAGCAGGAAAUAUCCCCCCAAAGAAAGGAAAAGAGUCAAAGAAGCACGAGCGAAUGGAUAAGCCUGAGAAGAAGAAGAAGAAGGACAGAGCUGACAAGCUGCAGAAGCAGGCCAAGAAGGUCAAAGCUGAGAAAAAGAGCAAGCAGGACAAAGACCGUAGCAAGAAAAACAAGAAGGGGAGCAGGACUGAGAAUGAGGACUUCCCCAAACCCAACAAGAAACCUUUCCUGCAGCCUCCCAGGAGAUCAGUGAGCGACCUCCUGGAAUAUUUUGAAGGCAAAAGGCGGCUCAUUCUGAUCACAACCCCCAAGGUGGACAACACCAUGUACGUGCAGCAGCGAGACGAAUACCUGGAGAGUUUCUGCAAGAUGGCAACCAGGAAGAUCUCAGUCAUCACAAUUUUUGGCACCAUGAACAACAGCAGCAUGAAAAUUGACCACUUCCAGCUAGAUAAUGAAAAGCCCAUGAAAGUGAUAGAGGAUGAAGAUCUUGUGGACCAGCAGCUCAUCAGUGAGUUGAGGAAGGAGUAUGGCAUGACCUACAAUGACUUCUUCAUGGUGCUGACAGACACUGACAUGAAGGUCAAGCAAUACUAUGAAGUACCAAUAGCCAUGAAGUCUGUGUUUGACUUGAUUGACACCUUCCAGUCACGAAUUAAAGACAUGGAAAGGCAGAAAAAAGAGGGCAUUGUCUGCAAAGAAGAUAAGAAGCAAUCCCUGGAGAGCUUCUUAUCCAGGUUCCGUUGGAGGAGGCGACUGGUGGUGAUCUCUGCUCCCAGUGAUGAGGACUGGGCUUAUUCCCAGCAGCUUGCUGCUCUCAGUGGACAAGCCUGCAAUUUUGGUCUGCGCCAUAUAACUAUCCUCAAACUGCUAGGACUUGGAGAAGAUAUUGGAGGGGUCUUAGAGUUGUAUCCAAUCAAUGGAAGCUCCACUGUAGACCGAGAAGACAUCCCAGCUAAUCUGGUGAAAGAUAUAAGAAAUUAUUUCCAAAUCAGCCCAGAAUAUUUCUCCAUGCUUCUCGUUGGGAAAGAUGGCAACGUCAAGUCUUGGUACCCCUCUCCCAUGUGGUCCAUGGCCAUUGUCUAUGACCUGAUUGACUCCAUGCAGCUGCGGCGGCAGGAGAUGACCAUCCAGCAGUCCCUGGGCAUGCAGUGCCCAGAUGAUGAGUAUGGUGGGUAUGGUUACCACAGCUAUCACCAGGGCUACCAAGAAGGUUACCAAGAUGACUACCGUCACCACGGCACCUACCACCACGGAUAUCCCUACUGAGGAGAGGACUUUGGCCUCUGACUGCCCCCUGCCUGUCUUCUCAUAGCUAUCCAAGCAAUAGGUGGCCAGUUGCAGAAAGUCUUCCCAGGUCACCUAGAUAUCCAUGCCACCUUCUUCCACUGUUCCAUCAAGGGACUUUGGUCGUUGGCCUUCUCAAAACCACAGAAGCCUUUACAGGGAAGCAAUUCAAACCAGUAGUAUUGAAGCUUUAAACCAUAAAGACUCCUUUCUAUUUUCCAACCUUUAUAAACAAAGGGCAUAAGCAGGUGCUGUUUGUAUUAAAACCAAACAAAAAAAACUCCCCCCAAGCCCAGCCCAAGGACACUACUGUAGGGCAGGACACAAACUGUCCAAUAAAUACUGCAAUGUUCUUUUUAGUAUGUUUUUUUUUUUCUAAG